AUGCCGUCGCAUGGAGGAACCGACCAAUCGGCAAGCUCCGACCAAGAAUCUCCGCCCACUGUUGACGAAUUAGACCAGCAAUUUGAUUCGUUUCGAGUUCGCAUCCCGUUGGUAGGCAAUAGGCGAACCCGUUCCGCCAUGAUUGAGUCUGUCAAUGAGCCCAUAGACGCCGAAUACGACCAAGACACAGGCCACGACCAUAUUCGCUGGUCUAAUGACGAUAACCUGAAUAUCAUCCCGCGAUGCCUAACGUCUGAUCCAUUUGACGUGGUUUCCACCACUUUCUUCAAAUCGCAUCCUGAGCAUUGUAUCAACGACAAGAUAGUUGAUUUCAUUCGGGAUUUUGGUCUGAUGGGACUGAUGAACAAGAACAUGGUCGAUAAGAAGGACUCGUCGCUGGGAUCCAAGCAUUUGCCUACAAAACGUACAUAUUCACAGAUGGAUGGCUCCAAAACGCCAGCUGGGGUGCAGAAAUCGAGUUUUGUGCAGCCGGGAAUGACGUACAUUCUUAACAACAACGAUCAGAUCUCCACAGAGCUCAAGUUCACCGAAUUAUUCAAGGAUAACCUCAAGGUGAAGGGAACGAUCCAGACGGGCCAGGCCAGUUUGGAUUUUGUGGGGCGGGUGGUUGAUUUUGUCGAUAACGACCUGCGCAGCACCAACAGCACAAAAAUGGGCAUUGAAGGGUCCGUGUUCAGCAACUUGCUCAGAAACACUCUGUGUUUCGACAAGGAUUUCCGCAAAUACAUUGGACGACACAAACGAAUGAAUAACGACGACCCGAACUGGAAACCGUUUUAUCUGGACAAAUUUGGGUAUUUGAAGAGUAACGGCUCGAAGACAACCUCGUUGACGAAAUCCAAAGAGACAAAGUUCCCCAAUACGUCUAUUUUCAGCAAAGUGGUCAACAUGUGCGGAAAUAAGGGGUGUACCUACAAGUGUUUGGCGAAAUGGUUUGAUCUCCCCCCGUUUAACGAGUUUGUCCGCACGCCUGCGCCACCAACUCCGCCGGGAGGAAGACGCAAGCACACGAGCAACCCGGAGAACCUGCUGGUUUGUCCAGAGUGUCAGGACCUGAUUCUGGAGAAUUUUAUUCUGCUGAAAUUGGAGGUGGACAUCGAGGACCUGCUAAAGGAGUCGAGUUCAGGCGAGUCCGAUUUGAAAAUCAGAAACGACAUGCGGUACAAGCGGCGCAGAAGACUCAAGCCGUUGACCUCGUACACGGCGCCGAGCGGGUCGCCUGCUCCGCCGGCAAUCUCUCCGCCCAUGGGCCAGGCCACGCGCCCGCAGUACUACAGCCACGACCGCACGCGGGGCUUCAUAUUUGGCACCGGACACCAGCAUUUCAUGGAGAACCUUCGCCAGCGCGACGAGAACCGGUCAAGACGGAUCCGGUUGCUCGACUAUUUGGUUUCAAGACAACAAUGGCGACACGACGACAUGCCAUCGCAAUUUCACACGAGACAACGAUCCAACGACGAGGGGUACUCGACCGACUCGGAUUUCAGCGACGACGAGAUGGAGCGCAAUUUCAUCAUUGAGAAUCUGGGCGACGAGGAGGAGGCAUUUGACGAGGAAGACGCCGAGGAAGAGGAGAACGAGGAAGACAUCAAUAUAGACGAACUUUACGACGUUGGGCUUUCGAGCGGGAGGUCCAGACGCAUCGAGAACCUGCUAUUUGAGCGCAACCUGACCAGAGAGCAGCAGCACCAUCGGCGGGGACACGUUUUGGCCAGAAAGCUGUACAAGAACAACGGCAACAAGCUCAAACUGCAGAUCUACGUGUCCAUCAACAGACUGACGGGCGAGCUGUACAUGAUACCCGGGAAUCUGGACAGAAACAACUGGAGUUCGGAGGAGAACGACGGCGAGCUAUUUGAGGACUACCAAACGUUUCUCAAGAUCUACAAGCUGUUCAACGGACUGGACGUCGGUAAAGACGAUCAUUCGAAGCAAUACAAGGAGUUCAAGGAGUACGUGGAGAAGAAUAAACCGGCAGAAUGCAAACGGAUCCAGAAACUGAUCUUGUUGAACCUGAUCACCAACCCAAACCUGUACAUGCUUGAGCCGGAUCCAAAACCUGUUCCGUACGACGUUUCAACUCCGUUACCUGUUGUUCUCUCUUCGAGCAUUCUCCCGUCGAUGACGUUCCCCGUUGGAAAGCGCAAGAACCGCAAACACGAGGAGGAGGAAGCAGAGGCCAAAGACGCCCUGAUCCACUACUUCAAUGAAAACGUGCACUUCAACUACGAGAACAGCAAGGUGCUCAAGUUCAGUCCGAACUACUCGAACAGACUCAACCUGUUUGGGUCGUUUUAUUCGUUCAGCUAUUCCUGA